AUGAGGAGUAUGCUGCAGAAUCUGAGUCCAGAGGAGUGGAAUGGGGAAGCGCCAGAUGGAGAAGGACCAGAUGAAGAAGCGCAGAACAAAGAAGCUCCAAACGAAGAACCGCAAAACGAAGAAUCGCCAGACGAAGAACCGCAAACCGAGGAACCGCCAGAGGAAGAACCGCAAUACGAAGAAAACGAAGACGAAGAACCACCCUAUCCCGCCAGCCAAGGAAACGAAGACUCCAUCUCCCUCCCCUCAAACCCCUACCCCGAAGACGACUUCCUCCUCCCCCUAACCCGACAACCCGCGCGAACCACACCACCCCCUCCCUUCCCUUCCCCUCCCAACCUAAUCAUCCACCCAAACUCCUCACCGGGACUAUCGAUUCCAUCACCCGGACUAUCGAUACCAUCAAACCCUUACCCAGAAGACGCACCGUCCUCACCAACCUCCUCUUCCCAGCCCCCUCCACCACCACCACCACGACCCACACAAUCCCCCUCCCCAUACUACCGCGCCGUAACACCGCCUACACCACACGCUCGCUUCCCGAUAUAUCCAGUUGAUAGGACGAUUUCACCUAUUAGUCCGUUUAAUGCGAGUAGGCAUUUGAUUUCUGCGGAGGGGACGGCGUCGAGCCUGAGUUACCGGAUUGAGCAUCGUCAAGAAGGGAAUCAUGGAUACAACGAUGUUGAUGGUGGUGUAGAAGGGGGGUAUACGUAUGCGCCUAAUCAUCCUUAUCACGGUAUGGACGAAGAAGGGAUGAGAGAGUAUUGGCAUGGGCUUGAGGGGUAUCAUACGGAGAGUGAGCGCAAUUUGAGGAGGAGGGGUGAAAGGAGGGGGAGGAGACGGACGGUAUCUUCGCCUGUGCAAUUUGAUCCUGAGAGGGUGUUUGGGUCUGUGGGGGAGAGUUAUGAGGGUGGUGGUGUAGAGGGUGAUGGGGAGCGUGAGGAUGAGGUUAGGCGGCGGUAUUUGAACGCUUUGACUGGUGAAGAGAGAAGGAUGACAGAGGAAGAAGACGAGGAGUUCGCCAUGAGGACUUCCUCUGGGGAAACCAAUGCAGGGAGAAAGAACAUGAUGAACCGGCUCCUAAGCACCUUUGCAUGUCGACCCGGAACCGUCACGCCACUACACACCACCAUCCCCAUUCCAAACGACACAAACACACCCACCACCCCAAAGAAAUACACCCUAGCCUACCUCUCCCACAAAAUACACCGAACCCAAAAAAGAGAAGAAGAAGCAAAACUCCGAGAACGCCUCAUGGCCCUCCGCCUAGCCGAACCAUCUGCGCCGCAAACCCACCACAUCGAAAACAUCAACAACCCCACAGAAACCCCCGUACUCAUCCCCAAACCCAAAGCGAAAAGACGAAAAGACAGCACACAGCCCAAUCCACCUUCUCUUGUCCCAAACCUAGAAAGUAGGACGCAGAGUGUUAUAGGCCCGCCAGUUGGGCUUUCGCAGAUGAUUCAGAGGGCGCCGGGGAGUGUUAGGGUGGCUACGCCUUUGCCUGUUUCUGUGACUGUGUCGGAUGUAGAGGUUGAAGGGGUUGAAGGGGUUGAAGGAGUUGAGGAGAGCGGGCAGAGAGGACCCAGACAAGAGCAUUCAGGUUCGAGUCUAUCCGACCGGUUGCGGAAAACGCAGCUUGAAGAUCUACCUCUGCAACAGGAUGCAGCAAGGGAGAUACGGGAUCUGAUGAUGGCGCUUGAACGGGAUCAACACCACCUAAUUACCAAGCCUACGCCGCCUCAGCAUAGCGAUACAGCACCCCACAAUGCCAACACGAACGCACCAGCUAUCCAACGAGCAGAUGAAUUACCCGCUGGAUUCUCGACCUCAUCACCCCAGGCCAGUGUUUCCCCCCACGAAACUCUUACACGACACUUCCGUACUCAACGCCAAGUUAAUGAGCGUGGCACUCAGCGGAUUCGCACGAUAACUUCGCAGUCGAGUAGUCGGACGCUGCCGAGGAGUUAUCGGGUACCGGAGGGGCAUGGUGGAGGGAGGGGUGUGCUGAGGGUUACAAACGUGGUUAUGCAGGGAGAGGAAUUGGAGGGAAGUAACGAGGUUGGGGUUGGGGUUGGGGUUGAUGGUGGUGAGGCCGAGGUUGAUGAAAGUAGUGGUGGUGGCGGUGGAGCGGAUAAUCUUGUCGAGAACCAGCAAGCUGACGUCGAGGCGUUGGAGGCGGAUGUAGAAGAGGAAAAGGGGGAGACCUUGCUGCAAGGCAUUCCCGAUGGGAACGGUGGGGAGGAUAUAUCACAGGCUGUAUGA